GGCCAUUGUACAAACGAACUACUCACGUUGCUAAAUUUAUUACUAACCUCUAAACACUUAAAAUAUUUAAAAUUAUAUUUCUUGCAAUGUAUUGAAUUAAAACAAAAUGGCAGAAUCAACAAUAGUAGUUAAAGCAAAACCUCAACGCAAAGUUUUCAAAGCCACUCGAAUUACAAAAAUUCCAGAUCGUAUUCUAAAUGACCCUAAACUACAAGCAGCUGCCGCUGUGUUACCGAAGAAUUACAAUUUUGAGAUUCCCAAAACAAUAUGGAGAAUUCAAGAAUUAAAGCCUAAAAUGGUAGCCUUACAAAUGCCCGAAGGUUUAUUAAUUUUUUCUACAACUCUAGCUGAUAUUAUAAAAGAAUUUACGGGGGCUGAUACAGUUAUCAUGGGUGAUGUGACUUAUGGUGCUUGUUGUAUAGAUGAUCUGACAGCUAAAGCUUUAGGGGUAGAAUUAUUAAUUCAUUAUGGCCAUAGCUGCUUAAUACCAAUUGAUCAAACAUCUGGCGUUAAAAUGCUUUACAUUUUUGUUGAUAUAAAAGUGGAUCCCUUACAUUUCAUAGAAACUGUAAAAUUUAACUUUGAUAAAAGUGCAAAAAUAGCUUUAGUUAGUACAAUACAAUUUGUGACAACUUUACAAGCUGUUUCCAAAAUGCUUGGUGAAAAUGGCUAUGAUAUAUCAAUACCACAGUUUAAACCUCUUUCUCCAGGAGAAAUAUUAGGUUGUACAGCUCCAGUGUUAAGAUGUUGUGACACAGUAAUAUAUUUAGGAGAUGGUCGGUUUCAUUUGGAGGCUGUUAUGAUUGCCAAUCCUAAAGUAAAAGCAUAUAAAUAUGAUCCUUACAGUAAGAUUAUUACUCAGGAGUUGUAUGAUCAUGAACAAAUGGAAAUUAUCAGAAAAAAUUGCAUAGAAGAUGCAAAAUUAGUGGGUAAAUUUGGUGUUAUAAUGGGGACUUUAGGAAGACAAGGUAGUCCUAAAGUAGUAGAACAUUUACGAAAACGUAUCACAGAGACGGGUAGAUCAGCUGUGGUCAUAUUAUUAUCAGAGAUAUUUCCAAAGAAGAUAGAACUAUUUUCAAAACUUGAUGCUUUUGUUCAGGUAGCUUGUCCAAGGUUGUCAAUUGAUUGGGGAAAAUCAUUUACAAAACCAUUUUUGACUCCCUACGAAUUAGCCAUCACACUAGGAGAUGCACAGUGGCACAAAGAGGAUAAAAGUUAUCCUAUGGAUUUCUAUGCAAAUGCAAGUAUUGGACCUUGGACACCUAAUCACAAACCAGAAGAACUUAGUGUAAACACUUGUUGUGGAAAAUGUCCUUAAAAUAAGAUAUUUACUAGGUGAAUUUGUAUAUAUUUGUUUUAUAAUAAAUUUAAUUUAAUUUUA